AUGAAACAGCAACGUGUUGAACUAGGUAACGAUGAAUUCAGAUGUCCUUAUUGCAAGAACAGAAGGAGGCAAAUAUACAGCUACAGGGAAAUUUUGCAGCACGCGACAUCCAUUGCUGCCACUGCCUCAACGAGGAGAACCCUUGAAGAAACAGCAUAUCACGAGCCAUUGGCUCAAUUCCUCGAGCAAGACUUGUGCCCCACUCUAGACAACAAAGUCUCCAACUUGCACCUCCAUCGGAGCCAAUUAAUCCCCUUAACCAUCAUUCACUUCACGAACUCUUUCUCUGCCCCCACAGGGAUUAUUAUUAACCUCCUAACCUUUGUCGAUGCUGACGGUUCUCGCAACGGUAUAGCCAACAAAGCUCUCCGUGAUGAGCUGGCUGCAAAGAGUAUGUUCCCUACUAAAGUACAGACUCUAUGGAACACCACCGGCAACUUAGGUUCAGCUAUUAUACAUUUGUCAAAUGACAAGGUUGGAUUCGGUCAAGCACUUGCAUUUGAAAAGCUUUACAAGGAUAACAACCAUGCAAAGCAUGACUGGUUGAAUGAUAUGCCCAGAAAGGAAGGAGCUCAUGGCUGGAUUGCUCAGGAGGAUGACUUCAAUAACCGUGGGCCACUCACAGAAAAGCGUCAUAAGCAUUGCCAAUUACUUUCUCUGUCUCAUAUCAUUGAGUUGGACAAUUAG